UCCUGAGCAACACUGCCUGGCAAAGCGAGAGAGGGGGACAGAAAGAAAUGAGAGGAAGAGGAAGAGAUUGUGAGAUAGUGGAUUAAAGCUAGAAAUCGGUCGAGGCAAUAUAGGAAAAGGGGUACGGAGGAGGAAGAUGCCUCGGAGGGAACGUUAACCUUUGCGGUUGGGCUUCAUAAAUACAGCAACACAGUUUAUUUUUAGGGCUAAAAGGAGGAAGAAGAGAAAGUCAGCUUAAUACGAAUAAGGAAUAAUGGGUAUUAUGAUAAUGCUUUGCUCUUGUUGUGAGAAAAUGUAUUUCAUCUGUAGGUCUUAAAAAUUGCAUUUUAAGAAAAAUCUUAAAUUUGAUUUACAAACGUCUUAUUUUCUCUUGCAUACCAUGGGCAGUGGCGUUAGUUCCCAAACGGUUUUGUAUCUGAUUGAUCUGAUUGCAGGCUGUUGGGAAACAUCACCUACUUAUCGUUUACAGGUGGGUGAUGUUUUGACAGUGGAUUGUGAGGCUUUUUAGUCUUUUCAUGUUCCAGCAAACACCAUCACUACUGCCAGCGACAGCAGCUAGGAAGCUCCCUUUGUCUAUUUAUCAAUAUAUUUACUGCUUAUCAGAGUCCAGGUUGUGUUAAUUUAACUAUAUCAUGAGAAGUUAUUGUUAUAUUCUGCUGGUAAGUAGUACAAAUUGGAUAUAGUAAUAAAUCAUUUUAGGCCAUAUUGUUCUUACUGGACAGUAUGACAGUGAAAUGGCUAUUAAAUUGAAUUCCAUGUGGUGUUGAAAACAUCUUCAUAAUCUCUCUGUUUCGGUAGGGUUCCAGAUUUUGUCGGGGAGAAGCGUUUCGGGAACUGGCUGAGAGACACACGAGACUGGGCGAUUUCCAGGAACCGUUACUGGGGGACCCCGAUCCCGCUCUGGGUCAGCGAAGACCUUGAGGAGGUGGUGUGUGUCGGGUCCAUAGCUGAAUUGGAGGAGCUGACCGGAGUCAAAGCAACCGAUCUGCAUCGGGAGAGCAUCGACGGUCUGACGAUCCCGUCGCGGUGUGGUAAGGGCGUGCUGCGGAGGAUCACGGAGGUGUUCGACUGCUGGUUUGAGAGCGGCAGCAUGCCGUACGCCCAGGCCCACUACCCCUUUGAGAACAGGAAGGAGUUCGAGGACACUUUCCCAGCAGACUUCAUCGCCGAAGGCAUUGACCAGACGAGGGGAUGGUUCUACACCUUACUGGUGCUCUCCACAGCGCUGUUUGGCAAACCGCCCUUCAAGAACAUCAUCGUUAACGGAUUGAUACUCGCUAGCGAUGGACAGAAGAUGAGCAAGCGCAAGAAGAACUACCCAGAUCCAGGACUGAUAGUGCAGCAAUAUGGAGCGGAUGCCCUCAGACUGUACCUCAUCAACUCCCCUGUAGUGAGAGCAGAGACCCUGCGCUUCAAAGAGGAGGGUGUCCGAGACGUGUUGAAGGAUGUCUUCCUGCCGUGGUAUAAUGCCUAUCGCUUCCUGGUCCAGAACGUACAGAGAUUACAGAAGGUAAUGAACAGAAUCAAAAGCUCUUACCUUACAUAACUCCUACUGUGUUGCUUUAGCUGUUCCUGGUCUAAACAGCACAGCAGUGCUUGAUAGCACAGGAGAUUGUUAGUGUUAUUAACCAAUUAUUUAAAAGGUAAUCACCGGAACAAAAAGGAAAUCACUUGUUGUCAGAGCCAUGAAAUAAUGCCGUAAAAGCUGCAGUAAUACCUCGUCCUGAUGUCCCUCUGUGAUCGGUUCAGUGGCUGAGGCUAUUUGGGUCCAGAUUGGAAGAAAACAUCAGAAGCGUAUCAUUCGUUUUUUUAAAGAUUGUCCUGUGAGAGCAAUUUUAAGAAGAAUUUAAUUGAACUGAAUAGAUUCUUAGCUCUUCAGUCACUUUACAUGAGCACGUUUACACUUACCAGCCUGUGAGUAAAUUUAAACAUAUCAAUGUUGCCACCUACAGAAAAAUAAAGUAAUAUUUACUGCAUUCUCUCUCUCACACACACACACACACACACACAC